AUGCCUAAUUAUUUACUUGCAUUCUUUUUAAAUAGUAGUGAAAGUUCAACAAGUAUUUACGGAUUGAAUGUAACAUCUAAUAAAAUGCUUUUUGUUUUUAAUAAUUCUGUAAUAAUUGAGAAUUCUAAUUUUUUUAUGACAACUUCAACAUGUACUAAUAAUGUAAACAUAUUGCCAGGAAUGAUUAAUAUUUUUAAUGUAAAUUUUGAAUCUGUAGAAGAUUAUUUAUUACAUAAUUAAUUUAGUUUUUUAUAAUAGCCUACUCGAUUUACUGCAUUUUUUUAAGUGUCUAAUUACACAUUUUUUAUAUUUAGCAACACUUCUUUAAUUAUGAAUAAUAUUUCAGUGAUUGCAAGUCAGAUAGGUUUAUUAAAUAAUGGUACUAUUAAUUUGGAAAAUAGUUCAUUGAAUACUUCAUAUUCUGGCUGUUAUAUAAACUAAGGGUACAUCAAUAUUUUAAUAUAUGAAUAGGAAUGCAAGGGGUCCUGAAUUCAUUAAUUAUAAUUAAAAAUGUUUUGCUAAUGGUGGUUCUAAUUCUGGAUAUGGUGGAAUCGGAUUAAAUAUUGGAGAUUCAUAUUUAAGUGAUUGUAUAUUCUUAACAAAUUCAACUAGGUUUAUGUUUGAUUUAUAUCCCUAUGGUUAUUUAUUAACUAAUCUAUAUUAGGGAUCAGGUGGUAGUUCUAUUAAUGUUAUAGAACUAGUUAAAUCAUUUGGAAAUCUGUCAUCAAAUUUAUAAUAUGGAUGGGGGGGUGGUUCUAUUUUUAUUUUUGCAAAUUAAUCAUUAAAUAUGACUAAUUCAUAAUUAUUAGCAAAUGGAUAAAAAGGAUAUGUAGAUAAUAUAUCUAAUUACAGUAUUGGUGGUGGUGCUGGAGGAUCUAUUAAAAUAUAUUCUACUUAAAUUAUAAGUGAUAAUUUAUCUUCUAUUUAAAUGAAUGGUGGAGAUAGUGAUUCAAAUGAUUUAGUGGGGGAAGGGGGUGGAGGAGUUCUAUAAUUUAAAUGUUUAUCUAGUCCAUUAAAUAUCUAUCUAUCAUCAAAUUUAUCUAAUUAUUGUUCAAAUAGUACAUUUCUAGGAACUAUAUUAAAUUCACCUGGUAAAAGAAAAUAAGCACUUAGUUCAGGUUUACUUGGAUAAAAUGGAAGUUUAUUUGAACCAUUAUGUCCACCUGGAUCUAAAGUUUACAAUUUCUCAUGUGUAUCUUGUCGUAAUAGUUCAGAUAAAUAUUAGUCAUAUUCUGUUUGGUGGAGUUCAUAAUGUGUACCUUGUCCAUAUACAUUUGUAUCUAUUUAUAUUUUUAAUUGAUAGGGUAAAUUUGAUAAUGAUGAUGGUAAUACAUUUUGCAAUUAAUCUCUUAGUUGUUAAGCUACAGAAUGCUGUAUUGAAGAUAUAAAAAUUCUAAGAAAUACAGGAAUUUAGUUAGUUGUUUUUAUGUUGUUAAUAAUAAUUGGUUAUGUAUUACGAAGACAAUAUAAAAAAAAAGAUUCAACAACUGAAAAAAACUUUAAUUUUGAAAAUGCUACCAAAGAAAUUAUUGCAGAUAAAAUAAUUACUGAAAGUUUAUAGGAAACAGAUUAAUUUGUCUUAGGAGAUUUAAUGUAUCAUGCACAUAGAAUACCUGUUAUUGGUAAUAAUACUUUUCUUAAUCCCUGGUUUUUACAUUCUGAACCACCUGUAGAAAUUGACAAAGCUGUUAAUAAAGAAGAAUAUGAAAAGUUUGCCAAAAAUUUCAAUGAAAUUGCAGCAUGGAGUAAAACUAAAUAUAUCAUUUUAAAUUUUUUGGCUAUUUUAUAUUACCCUUUAUAUUGGGGAUGGUAAACUAAAAUUAAAAAGGAUAAAUAUAAAUUAUUAGCUGCUUUGUUAAAUAAAAAUGAAAUUCCAAAAUUUUGGAAAUAAUCAUCUGACUAAACUUAUGGUAGAUUUAAAAUGACUAAAAGUGCAGAUUACACUCUAUUAUAUAUUGAUAUUUUUAAUUAUAAGAAUUGUGAUUUGAAAUAUAUUUAUCUUACUUGUCCUUUUAUUAUAUAUUUAUCUGGAGAAGGUAAUUAUUUAAGACCAUUUUAUUUAUGUGAAUCAGAUUAAUUUUUAGUUUCACUAUUUUUUGCUGUAAAUUAGACAACAAAUUCAAUAUAAAAUAGAUAAAAUAUUUUAACAAAUUUAGUUAGUAAAGAUGAGAGAGAAGAGAAUUCAAAGGAAAUAAGAAGAUUUUUAAAGAAAUUUAAUAAAGUAGCAAUGACAUUAGAUUUUGGAGCUUUGGAUAGUAGUUUCAUAUCUAAUUUUAAAAGAUUAUUUGAUUUAUUGGAGAAAUGGAAUAAUUAAUUUUUUAAUAAUCAUAAUGUUAAAUUGUAAUUAUUGGUUGCAUAAUUUCCAUUUGAUUCACAACAUUAAUCAUCAACAAUAACAUUGAUAGAGAUGAAAUCAGAUAGUUAAUUUAAUAAUUUUAUGAAAGAACUUCAUAAGAAUGUGAUAUUUUAGAAGAUAUAGGAUGUAAAAUUUGGUGUAUUUAUUUUUAAUACAGAAUAAGAUCCUGCUGAUAUUGAUUAAUAAUUGAAAAAUUAGAAAUUCAGUUUUAAUGAUUAUGAAGAUUUUUCAAUUAGACAUUUUGAAUUUGAUUAUGAUGAUGAAAAUUCAAUAGAUAUAGAAUUAUUAAGAGAAUAGUUUUUAUCUAAAAGUACUGAUAAAGAUCAUUAAUAAAUUGGACAUACAAAACAUCAAUUUAAAUAAAUAACUAAGAAAUAAAGUUAGAGACCAAACUCAUUUUCAAAAACAUAUCAUUUAAUAAUAAGAAUAUUUGAUUAUAUUAGAUUUCAAUCAUUUUCUCAUAAAAGAACAUUUUUAGAUAAAUAUACAUUAAUCAUAAUGAUUUGUAUAUUGAUAUUAUUAGAUAAUGUACAAAAUAAUAAUUAUAAAAUUAGUUUUUGUUAUAAAGCAUAUUAAGUUUGA